AUGGCUUCCGACGACGAUGUGAAUAAGGCGCUGGAGGUGGUGGGUGAGGCGAUAUCGAUUGACCCAUUUGAUAUCCAGGAUCACGAAAGCUGGAAGUUCCUUGGCCUAUCGGGACUUCUUGCAUCGGCCACAGCGUCAGAUCUGAAAAGCCAGAUAGGGCUGAGCGUCAGGCCAGAUGACUUCGAAAAAUAUCCGACAGUAGGCGAGUUCAAGGCUUUCCUCAAAGGCCAAGCUGGAGCUCCAAAGUCACAAAGCAAUGGCACAAAAAGUGCUUCUCAAGGCCCUCCCGAACCAGCAGAUCCGUGGGAAGGAGUUCCCAAACCAAAGGUCCCGUUAUCGUCGAUACUACAAGGCGACCCAGCAAUCUCGAAGAAAGUUGUCUUCCUAUUCCCGGACGGAAGUGGAGCUGGUACAGCCUAUGGUACAUUACCGAAGAUUGGGAACGAUGUCUGCAUUAUUGGUCUGAACUCGCCCUUUUUAAGACAAGCGCAGGAUUUCACAUGCUCUAUCGAACGUAUGGCUCGCCUAUGGAUCGAUGAGGUCCGCAAACUUCAACCAAAGGGCAAGCCAUACAUUCUUGGCGGCUGGUCCGCAGGCGGCUACUACGCAUUUGAGGUUGCGAAGCUGCUUACGGAUGCAGGCGAGAAGGUCGAUCAAAUGAUCAUGAUAGAUUCGCCAUGUCGGCUGCUUUACGAAGCGUUACCGGCACAGGUGGUCGGAGAACUGACCAAGAAAGGGUUGAUGGGUGCCGUAGGAGGAAAGAAGGCACCGGAAUGGCUAGUACAGCACUUCACUUCUACUGUCAUCUCGGUCGACAGGUAUAUGCCUACACCGUUGGCCAAGGAUAAGGUGCCCAAAACGGUGAACUUCAUCUGGGUCAAGGAAGGUCUGGUGAAGAGUGUGGCUGAGUCUGGCCUCGAGGUAGACAUGUCAGUCAAGGUUACAAGAUUCCUGCUGGAGCCUCGGGGUGAUCUCAAAACCGAAGAAUGGGAACAGCUACUGCCUGGUGCUAAGUACAAAUUCGACUAUAUGACAGGAAACCAUUUCCAGAUUACACAACCGUUCCAUGCUGAUAGUCUCGGCAAGGUCCUAAAGAAGGUUACGGCGUAA